GCCGCCUUUAAACGAUAAGAUGCAUUCUAAAUACAAAACAACUAUCAAGACUGCCUUGAAAUCCCCAAGAGCGACUAUUUCCAGGAACAUUCUGGAUCGUUAUCUUGAGUAUCGCCAGAUAAAGCGAGUUAAUAAUUUUAAGGAACUGUAUGAUCCUCGCUUUUCUGUGGUAGAGCUUGCCAGCAAAUCAGGGACUUUAAAAGCCGGUUCACAGCUCACUUUUAAAAUAUCUCUUCAUAAUGGUUAUAACCAGCCACUACAUCAAGGAGGUGAUCUACUCAAUAUUUGGCUUCGAAAUGCGGAAGGAACAUCGACUGUUGCUGGUCACGUGGUCGAUCAUAUGAACGGUUCGUAUACAGGUCACGUGAUGGCAUUUUGGGCCGGAAAUGUCACUGCAAAAGUGACCGUCACCAACACGAAAGAGGGAAUCGGUUUAUAUACCAACUACGUUCAUGAGCAUGGCUCUUAUAAAUUCAUAAACGCCACAUUUUCAGAGAAUAAAACAACUGAAAUGACUCUAUGUGCACCUAAGAUGUCUACUUGGUUGUACCAAAGAUACGGAGGAUUCUGCAACCUGACUAAGGAAAAUUACAAUAUUUCUUUAUUCUGUGGGAAGCCCAAGUCCGUUUCAUGUAGGAACUGGGUAAAGUAUGGCUGGAACGGUGCACUGUAUUUUACUGGAAAUACAGAGAAAAUACUGAGCUACAGGGAUGUGCUGUUGAAGGGAAUUCAACUAACCAUUGUUCCAAGUUCUAAUGGCGAUCUAGAUUAUCCAGUGCCUAAAACACCAUGCAAUGUUUUGCCGUCCGCUUUGACAUGGAACACCACAAAACCAUCCGGUUUCCUAAAUAACGGAAAACAUCAUAACCUGAUAUGUCGAAAAACAGUAGAUCUCAGUGGAGAGAAAUAUCGGGCAUGUCUUAAAAACAGACAAGUUAUUUCGAUUGGAGAUUCUACAACUAGACAAUGGUUCUUCCGUCUGGCGACCAUUUUGGGAAUAAAACAAUCCAUUAAAAUCAAAUCAAAUGUGGUAUGGCAAAAGUUCGUUCGUGCCUUUAACUAUACACUUGGACUUGACAUUGAAUGGCAACCGCAUGAACUUCCAUUCCACGGGACUCCGGGUUCGGACAGAAAGACCAUUCAAUCUGUAGCCAAUAGACUGGACAGAAUUCCUAGUAAAAGCACCGCCAUCGUUAUUAUCCAUUGGUACGCCCAUAUCGCCAGGUGUUGUGACCACUUAGCCUUUAGGGAGCAUGUGCGCAAUGCAAAAAUGGCCAUAAUUAGGCUUCUGAAGAGGUCCCCGGAUGUUCAAUUUUUCAUUAAAGGUCCUCAUCUCAUAUCAUAUAAAAAAGCUAUAAAGCCGUAUGCCUUUAUUGGUAUGUUUGUCGAACAAGUUUUGCGGGAAGAGUUGGAUAAUUUGAUUGACAGAAUCAUCUACCUUGACCAGUGGGACAUGUCUGUAGCCACAGAAAACAUCAAUAUUCAUCCUAAUGUAAAUUUGGACGAUAUAUCACUAAACAACCUAAUUAAUUUUGCAUGUAAAAAGCGUUAGAACCUCGUUGAAAAUAAACACAUUUUCUGAACCGUACCAAUAUUCAAAUGUAGGUUACAUAAACCCCCUGGGGUUAUUAACGACCUGCUACUUCGAAGGAUUUUAUUAAAUCAAAAUAUACACAAUAUUUGCAUCUUUCAUUUCAGAUGCAGUGUUAGGUACAGUAGAGCCAUCAUACCUGUUAUUUCAAGAGAAAAGUUAUAUGGUUCUCCCGUUGUCAGAAUUAUGUGACCGGGUGAGAUAUCCGGCUG